CACUUACUACUGAUAAUAAGUUGGCAAUAUUGGUCUGUGAACCUGCAUAUUAUAGACUAGAAAUUGCUGAUCAAGAUAUUGUUAAUAUUUGCACAUUAAUGUCAAAGAUCAAAGGAUCAAUAGUCUUAUACGAUGAAUUAAAAGAGCAAUAUAAUGUGCAAAAAUUAGAUUAUCUAAAACCAGAAUUAGAUAUUAUGACUAGGUGGAAUA